CGACAGCGACAACAACAAACUAUCAAUAAACUAGUUUCUGUGGCAGAAGCCAGAUGAUUGUGCCGAAUUAAGCGCGUAACUGAAUAUGGAUGUGCAACACCAACAGGAAGAUUUUGCCAAGAAAAAACAGGAAAGGGAACAAGAGAUUAAAGCCAUACAGGAAAUGCUAAGUAAUAUAGCUAAAUCAUCUCCCCAGAAGACCACAAAUGAGGAAGCGAACAAGACUGAAACCCAGCUGCCAAAAGCAGCUGAGGAUGCAACAAAAGACUUACCAGCCAUUAACACACUUCAAAGGAGUAAGACUGAUAUUCUUGUUCGGGCAACGCCGAAUGAAGUUCCUGUAAAAUCUGCAACUAGCAGAACAUCUCGCAUGGAUACAGCUAGAUCGGCAGUUGCCGCGAAGCCACGCUCUAAAUCGUCCAAUCUGCCGGUAACAAAUAGCGUUCCCAAUCGCCAAGCAGUGGCCAACAAGAAAACCUACAACCCUGAAGAGGCGCGACGCUUCAUGGAAAUGCAAAAGAAAAAGCGCAAAUCGGAGUUAGCAAAUCAACCACAAGCGAAGGCUAACAAGGAGAAAGAGGAAAUCAAGAAACGUUUGGAGGAGCUGAAGAAAAAUACCCGAAAAUUGGUAUCCAAAAACUUGGACAAGAAAAAACACAAAAGCAACAGCAAUGAGAUGCCUAAAGAUGGCAGCAACACCAGGAAAUUAUCGAGUGAUGAAAACAAACCAGCAAAAGAAAUGCUGCCCAAGAUAAACGCGAAACGGCAAGGCUUUGGUGAAAUGCCAGCAAUUAAAGGUCUUUCACUGGAGCUUAAGAAACCUACGUCACAAGAUCUGCUAGAGGAGCGACGGCGAGUGACCAAAAUUGCCAAAGAGGAUCUAGUAAAACCGGCAGCGAAUGUGUUAACCACACCAGCUUCAGUAAGGGCCAACUCCUCUUCGUCCUUGCCACUGGGGGAAAAUCACAAACGCAUUGGCUUGCUAAGAAAAACAGAGGACGAAAAAGACUAUUCAUUCAGUGCCCUCAAAGGUAUUGCCACCAAUGGCAAAGAAAAUGUCAUUUUAGAAAAUUUGACAUCAAAAUUGAGUGCGGCUCAAGAAACCAAGGUGCACAAGGAACGGCCUGAACGUACGCACAACAAACCCACAGAGAUCAGAGACCAACAGCCAGAAGAAGAGAUUUCCGAUUUGGAAAUUCCCUCAAAGAAUUUAAAAUCAAAUUCACUUCAGCACAACCCAUCAGCAGUGGAGGGAAAUUGCAGUCAUAUCAAAUCUCAAGAUGUACACAAAGCCAAUGAUUUGCCUUAUCUGCUUAGGCCAUCGGCAGCUCAGAUAUAUCCAUAUAAUUUUAUCAUGGCUGUUAGGCGUAAGUUGGAGGCUAUAUCACAACCCCAUAUGCCGGUGCCCAGUAAACGUGAGAGGACCUGGAAAACAAGUCAAUGUACAUCCACUACGGAUUUGCUAUUGGUGGGAGAAUCAAAUAGCAGUGAGAAGAAAGAUUACAAAGAAAUUGAGAAGAAGAGAAAAUUGUUGGAAAUGCCUGAAGAGCAGGAGAGUAAAAAACGCAAAAGUUUCGAAGCAAUGACACCAAAACCUUUGAAAGAUGACAUACCCAAAGGGCAGUUAGACAAAAAUACAGAACGAGCCAAGACAACUCUUAGCAUGUCAUUGGAAAGUUUAAAAUCGCCUCCAUUAACAUACACCAUGGACAUGAAUGCGAAAGCUACAAAUAUUCAAACUUCUGGCAAUUCAUAUAAAAAUUCCCAUCCCCAAUCUUUGGAUAUGGAGGAAAAAUUUAAAAAAUCUGAACAACCAGUCAACCCUACUAUACAGUCCAAGUACAAGUCUAUGGAAAGUGUGGCAUCGAAUUAUUCCUCGGUUUCUUUGCCAAUUUCCAAUACUCUCACCGAAAUUUCCUCAUUACGCACAGAAUCUCGGCAUAAUUACAAUCAAUCACAACAAUCUUUGGAGAAGCAGGGUCAGAUGAAUACCGAAGAUGAAGUAACCUCCAUCUCUUCUCACAUUUUUAGCAGUCCUGAAAAGAAAUAUGCCAAACAACACAAUGCGGACUUUGAAUUCAUUAAGCCCAGAGCGGUCAGUCCUUUGUCCUUGGAAAAAAUUGAUAAUUUGAAAAUAAAAAGCAAACAAAAUACCGGCAGAUCCAGCAGUGAAAAACAAAAAACGGAUAAUACCUCUCUCAUUGAUGAGGACAAAGAGAUGCAUUUCUCCCAGCUAUUGGAAGAUUUCAAUCGCAGCCUUUCCCAAGUCAUACUAGUAAACGAGCAAUUGAAGUCAACCCUUGAUAAAUCAUCGCGCAUAUUGAGCCCUCGUAAUUCGGCCAAGAAACCCUCUUCCUCUGCGGGCGACACUGACAAAGCCUAUUCUUCCGAUUUUGAAAACUCCAAGUCGCCAGCACAAAACGACAAACUCAAACAAAGUCUGGAGGAUACAAAUGAAAAGUUAAAAACUGGCAAAAGGCAACUAUUUCUGAUUGCCAACAAAGUUAAGCCUUUGUUGACUCCGCCUAAAAGUUCGAUUGAUGAAAAUGACCACAACGAAGAGAUAGCACUGCCUAAACUUGAUUUGGGCAUAGAUUUGAAAAUGUUGUCUACAAAUUCGAGUGCUAGAACUACUACAAGCCUAAAUACUGCAGACUCUGCAAUAUACGGAAACAAAUCUGAAGUGGAUUUCCAAGCGGGGGAAGAACAUGAGAAACGACUCGAUAUGAUUGAACACUUGAAGGAAGAUUUGAGGCGUACCAUUAGGAAGUCACAAGAGAAGCGCAAAGACACUCAAGAUCAACACAAAUUGCUCAAUAAGAAAACAAGCUUUGAAGAGGAAUUGGCCUCCUCCUCUAAGACUAGUAGGUCAAAUAUGUCUUUAUAUGCUGUGGUAGAACAGCAUGAUGGAAAGGAAACCCUUAAGGAAAUAAAACCAAAAUCCGAGAUAAGCGAAAGUAGCCUAGAGAAGAAGAUGAUAUCCCAUGACAACAGAGAAACAUUACCAAAACGAAACAAAGCUUCGAAACUGCCUGUAUUUUCGGAACGCAAUACAAGGGCAACAGAGGAAAUUGAAAAUUCUUCUCAAACUGCAUCCACUACCACCAAUACUGGAGCUCAAAGAGAUUCAGAAUUUAACCAAUCACCCAGCAAGCAGCCUAAUAAAACAUUUAACGCUACUCAAAUGUUCAGCGAAUCAAAUAAAAUGCAACAUUCUCAUUCGGACAAAUCCAUACCUACACACUCUACAACUUCCCAAGCCACCAAAGCCAUGAGAAGUGCAACGCCCUCUAUAGGCAGCCAAAGUGAAAUUGAAAGUUUACCAGCUACCAAUUCCAAUAGAAAUAAAUACAACCUAGCAUCUUGCAAAGCUACAUUAAAGCAAGACUUCCAGGAGGCGGGCAGCUCUAGCAUAUCCGAGGAGCUGCAGAAAACUUUUGAAACAGCUUCGCAUGAUAAUGAAAACCUCCCACUAAAAAAAGGUCAUUUGCACACUACCCGUGAUGGAUCUACAGCUGCCCAGCUGCGCAAUACAUCAGCGUUUAUAAGAGCACAUAUAAAUCGCUCUAGAGGAGAUUUUCAGGAAAUAAACACCAAAGAGGCCACCCUAAAUGAAACCCAAUUUCAGUUGGCCAUAAUCUCGUCUCAGGCACCUAGCUCCUCGGAAUUAGCUCAAAGUGCCGAUGACGAAGUUACCAGUAGUGUAAAAUCAAUCAUUAAAAGGCACAAGAGCAACUAUUCAUCCAAUCCGCCCAGUUAUAAUGCCGUUACUGGGAAAACCCAUCAAGAGAAGCAGGCUUCUUCUACUGCGUUUAACUCCCUAUCGCCUUCGAAGGCUGCCGGACGUAUUUCUAUUGGAGCCGAAAUUGUCAAGUUCUUCCAUGAGUAUGACAAUGAUAAAUCUUUGCAGUUGCAAUGCCAUGACACCAUGUCCGAAUCAUCUUUAAACUAUUCCAAUGUGGGACUGUAUGAUAAGUUGAUUCAAAACGAAACGAACAAAUCUCAACAACUGACAGCGCUCCUGAAAAUGCGUGAGAAGGCUAUUUUGGAUCGUACCAAGGGACAAAUCGCCUGGCUGGAAGUUCAAAAGGCCCGCUAUAAGGCAAAGGGUUUAUUGGGCAAUAUAGCAGCUAUAAAGAAGAAACAACGCGGUAUUCUCAUAAAAAUGGAGAAAGAACGCGAAGAGAUAAAAAGGCUACUACAAUCAACUAGCAGUAGCGGAAAAGCAGCAGCAGCCACAACUUCUUCAGCCGUGGUUCUAAACGGCAGCAGCGUUCUUCAUAAGUCUCCCCUUAAACACAAGAAGGAGAAAUCAUCUUCGAUUGUGCCACCAGCCCAAUUGAUACCGCCUCAACCGACGCCCACUGCCACUGGCAGACCUUCAAGGGUCACCAAGCAACCCAUAAAAUUGGCUAAUAAACGAGCAGAACAACAGCAGCCAUCAAGUUCUCCCAUAAUACGGGCCACAUAUGAAUUGGAGUCUUCAACAGUUUUGGAGGAACUUCUAAAGAAGCGCGAGGAAGAUUUACGCAGGCGCAGACAACAUGUGGAACAUUUAAUGAAAUGGCAUCAACGUUUGGAUGAGGAAGAGGCCGAAGUUUUACAACUGGAACGCCAACUUUUGAAUUAUAAUAAUGUGCCACGACCACAUAUGGUGGUGGAAGCAAAGCAAAAACCGAGGCAACAACAGAUGCCCCAAUUGCAACCGGUUGAGGUCUACGCAGCUGAUGAGGAAGAGUUGACACCAUUAGUGUUGGAUAUUUACGACUCAAAUCAAACAACAGGGAAAACACCCGAAAAGAAACGCGCCUCCAGAGCGCGUAAAAUGGAAAAACGUUUAAAAGAUAUCGAUAAGAGUCUCAAGGAUCUAUCGCAUAUCUCGGUGACAAGCGCCUCCAACUCGGCAAUUGUUAUGGGACAAAAUAGUGACGAUAUCGAUGCCUCUUCGACAGCAGCAGCCAGCGCUCAAGAAGUCAAUUCGGUACGUGCUACCGGCUCCAAAUUAAAUAAGCUCUGGAAAAGUUUGACAUCUCAGACAGUAGAAAAAUACGAGCCCACACGUCGCUAUAAACUGUGCACAGCAGACUUGAAACGUUUGUAUGAGGAGGCAAAAAUGGCAGUUCUGCGAGAUUUCACACAAGAAGAAGAACGCAUUGCCCAGGAACUUUUGGAGAAAAGUUCUACAAAUUUGAGCUCAAAUGAAGGCUCUCCUCCACCAGCAACGGGGUCAACACCAUUACCCCAAUCAGAAGAAAAUCUCAUAAAUUUGCCGCCAUUAGGUCAAGAAACCGUCGGCGGCAAGGUAAACCUGGCGGUGGAUAUUCCUGCGUUAAAUUUGAAUUUCAGUUCGGGUCACUCAGAACCGGAAGAGGAACCGGCGCCCAACAACUGCAAAAUGAUGCUUCCACCACAGGGCAACUACAGUCCAAGUGUGGCGGAGGAACAUUUUAAAGCUCAAUUACUGAACUCAAGUGCUUCAUCGUCGUCGUCUUCGUCGGCGGAACACCCCGAACCGCAGCCACAGAUGCAACAACUGCGAAUUGAAAAUAAUGUACAAAUGUUUUUAGCCCUAACGCAACGCUUGCAGCAGAGUAUGCCUUCCAACAGCAGGCCUCCACACCAAGGGCUGCAACGCAGUCUAAGUGAUACACAAAUUGCCGAAAUACCAAAGUUUUCUGCAGCAACUAGUCAUAGAAAUAUAUCAGCAAACGCUAGUCAAUCUAAUACAAGUAUAACCGGCAGUGGGCAACAAACAUUGCCAAACCAUCGAAAAUCCAAAUCGUCCAUUGCUGAAAUUACAAACAUUCCUGAAACCGUUAAGUCAUCACCCGCCGAACAAAAUCCGACUCAGAGAAGCCAAAACGACUUGCUGGAGGAGUCUAGCACAAGACCUACAGUUAUAGCGGCUGUGGGCAAUGUGUCAUCCAUCGCAAAUGUUGCAUCUGUAGCUGGCAACACUUCGGCUCUGAUGGGCCAACACAGACUUUCGUUCUCUGGCCAAGUAGGAUAUGAUUCGGAACAAAAGGCCAGAGAAAUCUCUUCAAAAUUAGAUGAAAUUUCGGCGGCUGUCAUACAAUUAUCACAGGCAAAUGCUCUUCCCUCGUAUCCGGCUGCUACAGCAUCACAGUCAAAAUGCACAGUGGCGGAGACCUCACGUGAUGCUGAAGCCAGCCUGAAUGAGGAAGCAAAUUUAAGCACAGAUGCGUCGUCGUCGUCAUACUCAUUGCAUUUUGCCAACAUUUCCAUAGAUAGGCAUUCCUCGCCAGGUUCACAACAUACAGCGAACACAACACACAACCGUACAAAAACUCCCUCCAUCUCAUCGUCCAUCAAAAGUCCCACCGCCACCACAAGCUGCAGUAGCACAGUUCCGACAAAUAAACAUCUUGCCUCUGACUCUUUAGAGAAUUCCAACACUGGAACAUUUGUCAUUUCAUCCAAUCCCGAUGCAUCAUCAUCAUCAACAUCAAAGACUUUUGUCGCAGAAUCGGCGGCUACAUCGGCGUCAAAGACAUUUGUCAAGGACAAAACUUUGGAAAUGGUCACAACGGCGACGCCGACGUCGACGUCAACGACGACGACGUCCCCAUCAAAUGGCCUUGUGGUAAGUGAGUCUAGCAAUGACAAACCCAACAGCGAAGAAUACGAACCCGAUUUCGAACCAGAUUCAACUGAUGAAACACAUAUUGAAGACAUUUCAUUGCCAUUGUAUGAGACGACAACCGAGACCACCGUUGAGGGAGAAGGUGACAUAAGUGAAACAUCGAGAGGAGAUGAAUCAUUGCCGGAUAGAACAUUUUGCACAGCUACAAGUCAAAUAUCGAUAAAAGUCCCUGCCAAGGAACAGUUGCAACAACAGCAAUUAGUUACCAUAAAAUCCAUGAUAGCAAUUGCCACCAGUCCGGACAAAGAACUGCUACCACCACCGCCAUUGCCGCCACCACCUCCACCACCACCUCAAAUUUUCACUUCAACAAUUUCGGCCACAAAAACCACCACACAUCAAUCAUCUGUGUUGGUCGCCGCCUCAUCUGCUCAGAAUAGUACAGGGAAUGGCAACCAAUUAAUGCCAGACAUUAUCAAUGAGUUGGAAUUAAGACGUCAUCAACUUAUUUUGGAUAAUGAGCAUUUAAAACAAUAUGAACAUGUUGCAGUACCUUAUAUGUAUGUACGGGAGAUACCCAAUAAACCACCGCCUCCCUAUGUGCCACCAGCUCAUGGUAGCCCCAUGACCACAAUAUUUCCCUCAGAAGAACGUAUUAAGGAUAUAACAUUUAGAAGAACUCAUGAACUUUAUUGUGACUUCUUAAAGACUGAUUACUGCAAUGAAAAAGGCGAAAAGCUACCCUCUGUGAUGGAAGAGCAAAUCACAAACAUCUAUGAGCGUAUUAUCUUGGACAUUUGCCGUGAAUACCUGGAGGAGCACAACGAAAUCGUACGUGAUGGUGAUCCAGCAAAUUUUCACAGUCAGCUGGCUUUCUUCAAUCCACCGAAUCGUUUGCGUUGCAUACAAGAUGCCAUCUACAAAGAAGUUCGCCAGUGUCUGGCCAUGGACAAAGCAACUGGCCAGAGUAAACGCAGUCAAAUAUAUUCGGUAUAUGGCCAAAGGGCCAAACAAGAUCAUAUUGGCAAAAUAAUCAUACAGGAAAUGUAUGAUGAAGAUGAUCGUUGGUGCAACUUCCAUCGUGAAGAAUCUGAGGUGAUACAUCUGAUUGUCGAGGAGAUGAUUACUAAAAAUAUUCGAAAUAUUGCCAAGGAAGUCUUAGUUGAGGAAGGCGGUUCGUUACAGCAGGCAGAAGACGACGAGGAAGAUGAUGGAGUAGAAAUUGAAGAGAUAAAUGAUGAUUCCGAGAUACAAGAAAAUAUGGAAAACGCGCGUGAAGAAGAGCAGCAGCAACGGGAAACGGCCACAAAAAAUGUUAGAGUAACAGCAUUGGCGCAGGAAGCGCAGAAAAAAGACCAACCACAACAGCCAAAUGAAAUCGACACAGCAAACUCUUCUACAGUGUCACAGGAGGAGAUUAGUUCGCAAACAGAAUUCAAAUCAAAUGAUAGCAGUUCAAUGAUAGCAAUGCCAUUAGCUUAAGAAACUACAUUGUGAGUGGUACAAAUCAUUAACCACAACAGCCAAAUGAAAUCGGCACAGCAAACUCUUCUACAGUGCCACAGGAGGAGAUUAGUUCGCCAACAGAAUUCAAAUCAAAUGAUAGCAGUUCAAUGAUAGCAAUGCCAUUAGCUUAAGAAUCUACAUCGUGAGUGGUACAAAUCAUUAACCACAACAGCCAAAUGAAAUCGGCACAGCAAACUCUUCUACAGUGCCACAGGAGGAGAUUAGUUCGCAAACAGAAUUCAAAUCAAAUGAUAGCAGUUCAAUGAUAGCAAUGCCAUUAGCUUAAGAAUCUACAUUGUGAGUGGUACAAAUCAUUAGCCAACACUGCUAUCCCCACCAUGAACCUAACAGAUAUACAACCCACACACACAACUUAUUCAAGGUUUUGUUGUAUUGAAAGACAAUCAAAAAAAAAAAAAAAAACAUUUCAUUUUCCUCCUCAUAGGGAGUAUAUCGAGUCCUAAUCGCCAAAAAUAUGUAAGGUAGCAAGUAAAGGCUUCAGAGUUUUUUUAUGCAAUUUGCUCCUUUCCUUCUUCAUUCUACACAAAAUCAUGCACAUUUUGUUUGUAAGUUGUCAUUAAGUUAGGGUGCACUCAUUUGGAAACUUCUUCCAUAAAGUUUGGGUUUUUGUUACUUGCAUAUGCUUGGCAGCUAGGGGUCGAUUUGUUUUAUUCAUGUCAUUCUUAUGCUCUAUGUAGUACUUCUAACUGUAUGCCAUUAUUAAUUAUUAUGAUUGUUUUAAACUAUGAUAUUUUGUCGUAAUGCUUAAGUAAUUAUCACCAUGUACUUAAAUAUUUACUUGUAUUUACGUUAAACAAAAAUUGGAGUUCUAUGUUUUGGUUUGUAGGUACGGCAGGAGAAAGCAGGACACUAGUCCUUAGAUGUCCGAAAUAGUAUUCAUUUGUUCUACUUGCCUCCACAUGCAUAUGUGUAUUACUGUUACUCUCAGUAGUAGUAGUAGUAGUGGUAUCUCAUAACCCCCAAAAAACCCUGAUAACUGAAAUCUAUUUCAUUUCGUACAAAUAAUUUUUAAACACAUUACUUUGUAUUAGUUAUGUAGUAUGUCCUUUAUGCUGUUUUCCGUUUUUAUUAUUUUUUUUUCCUACUGUAAUUUUAUUUACAACUAAGGUGGUGUCAUUAGAACCCCAUUAGAAGUCGUAUCUAGUUUCUAAUUUUAUUAUUGCCCCUAUCAAUGAAAUAAGUCUAGUUUAAACGAUCAAACCCCCCGCCCACAGCUAGUAUGUCUUCAAAAAUAUUUUUUAAUGAUAUUUUUACAAGAGCGCUGGUAAACACACACACACACACACAAUUCAAAAGCCUCAACAUUUCGUUAUUCUUAUUAUACAAUAAUAAAAAAAACAACUGAAUUGUUAUUGCAUGUCAUAAAGAAUAAUAUUUAUUUUUUAUAUCAUAAGAGUUUUUCUCGAGAAAUAAAUAUUUUUACAAAAGGGAUAAAA